AUGACUACACUUCGUGGGCUUGUCGCCGAUGAUCUAUUCAAGUUCAAUUCCAUUGUCCUUGAAGAAUUCGUGGAAGGCUACGGUAUUCUCUUCUAUUUAUCGAAAAUGACCGAAAAUCCUGCGCUGUGCCAGGCGGCAGUCGCGCCCGAUGGUCGCCUCAUUGGGGUACUGGUUGGAACCCACGCUGUGAACAAAAACGAAAAGAUACAAAGUGAAAAUGGCCCCGACUUGCAUCCAACUUGCGGACACAUAUCUAUGUUGGCAGUGGCCUCCGACUAUCGACGCCUGGGCCUGGGAACGUGCUUGAUGGGACACUUCAUGGAGAUCGUGGAGCGCUAUUCGGACUGGUAUGUGGACCUCUUUGUGCGCCAAAGCAAUGUAUCGGCCAUCCAGCUAUAUAAGUCGCUGGGAUUUGUCGAGUACCGCUUCCUGCCCAUGUACUAUAUAGAUGAAAAUGGCUUUGAAUUGCGAAUGCCUUUGUCCCGAGAUGUGGAGCGAAUGUCGCUUAAGGGAUUCUCAACGAACGUUUACUACUUCGCAUACCAGGUGAUACUCAAUCUAAUCAAGCAGUGUCUGGAGUAUCUGAAGGACCGUCUAUCCUGGUAUGAUUAG